AUGUCGCUCGCAGGACACGCUGCUUUUCUCGGCGCCGAGGCUCCGCGGAGUCCCGCAGCGCCAGCCUCCCGGUCAGCGCGGGCAGCGGCGCCCCCCGCCGGCGGACCCGCGGCGCGGGCGUCUGUCUCGCCGUCCUCCGCAGUCUCUUCGCUCUCCGCCUUCUUGACUGGCGCGCCGUCGCGCCUCGCUGCGGCACUCGAGGAGUCGCGCGUGGAGUCUGCCGCGGACAACCGCGAGGUGGAAGGCGUGGAGCGCGCCCUCGCAGCCGUCAGCGGCGCGCCGAGCCGCGGCCGCGGCGCGCUGACUCCUCCCAGCAAACCCAGGAGCCCCUUGCGGGUGAAGUUUGACGAAAACCAGAAAAAAGACGCCCACGCGCAGAGUGCAAAGGAGGACGCGAGCGAGGAGCUGCGCGGAGACGCGGAAGACCUCGGCGACGGCGAGGCGUCGCCCUACCAAAGACGAGACGGCGAGUCCUACGCAGCGUUUGCGGAACGCCUGCGAGAACGGGAAGGCGCACCGCUCUACCUCGACAACAACAGCUCCACCGUCGUCGAUCCCAGAGUCCUCGAGGAAAUGGCGCCGUUCUUCGCGAGCCUCUUCGGCAACCCCGGCAGCGGCCACGAACGCGGAGAAGUCAACAGAGCUGCUCUGCAAGAAGCUCGCGAAAGAGUCGCCAACUGCCUGGCUGUCCCGCCUUCCUCCAUCGUCUUCACGUCUGGAGCGACAGAGAGUCUGAACUGGGCGAUCAAGUGCGGCGCCGAGAGCCAGCGCCGCCGCGGUGUGGGUCGGCACAUCGUCACCACCUUCGUUGAGCACCCCGCCGUCUUGGAAAUCUGCAGAUUCCUCCAGGAAGAGCAUGGUUUCGGAGUCUCGUUCUGUCCCGUCGAUCGCUUUGGAUUUCUCAGCCUCGAGGUCCUCCCCGGUCUCCUCUCUUCAGAGACAGCCCUCGUCAGCAUUCCGCAUGCAAACGCAGAAAUCGGCGUCGUGCAGCCAAUUGAAAAGGUGGCGAAAAUCGUGCGCGACCGCGCGCCGCUGGCUCUCCUGCACGUCGACUGCUCUCAGGCGCUGGGGAAGAUCCCUGUGAACGUUCCGCAGCUUGGAGCUGACCUCGUGACCAUCGCAGGGCACAAGAUCUACGCGCCGAAGGGCGUCGGGGCGCUGUACGUCGGCCCCCGCGCGCAUCUGCAGCCGCUGCUACACGGUGGAGGCCAAGAGGGCGGUCUGCGAGGGGGGACUGAGAACGUGCCCUACUGCGUCGCGUUGGGCAAGGCGUGCCAACUGAUCGCGGAGGGCUGGGACGAGCCGCAGCUCUCGUCGCCGCCCUUCUCCGCGGCAGUCGCGGGAUGCGGAGGAGACGCGGCGGAGGAAGUCGAAGGAACACGGGGACGUGACGGCGAGCGCGAGAAAGACGCGGCGGCGCUGCGAGCUCUUGACGGCUCUGACGGCGUCCAGACACCCCCGCUGGAGGAGCGGACGACGACGCCGCGCGGAAAGAAGCGCCGGCGGCUGCCCAGCUGGCUUCCCUCCAGUCUCGGCGCAGCUUUCUUUGCAUCGAGGGACAACGACGGCCGUCCUCCUCAUCGUCUGGCGGCAGACGGGGCUGUCAGCCGGCUGCAGCGGGUGUGUUCGUUCAUCGGCUUUGAGCGCCUCUGGCCCGUCUUGCCCUUCGCCUCCAGCGCCGACGCGCGCGGACGAGACAACGCCCACGGGCGCGCGUGGGUGCGCGGACAGGGCGGAGCGGCGAGCGCGCACCCGGCGCACAUGGAGAAAACGCUGCUCAAGUUCUUCUUCCACUUUUUCGCUGAGUUCGCAGUGCUCACCCAGUGGACUCACGACCAGAUCGCCGAAGUCGUUCGCGUUAACGGGCCGCUGGGGCGGCUGAGGCCUGGCGAGGCCAGCGAGGAAAACAGCCCGCCGAAGUUGACGGAGGCGUUCCGCGCGUUGCCGAACACGCUCUCCCUGUCGAUUCGCGGCGCUGACGGCAAAGAAAUCGUCAGGCGCCUUCGCAACCGGCUGUGCAUCUCGGCAGGCUGCACCUGCCACGGCUCGGGGAAGCUGACGAGUGCGACGCUGCAGGCAAUCGACUUGGAUCGCGAGUGGGCGUUGGGAACCGUCCGCGUGUCAACCGGGCGUUUCACAAGCAUGGCCGACGCGACGGUGGCUGGGCGCCUCCUCGCGCGCUUCCUCGUCGCGCAGAACUUCGUCCUGAGGCCGCCGUCUCCGCGCAGCCUCGCCGCCGCGGACGCAGCCGGCCGCCGAGAGGCGUACGCGGAAAAAAGAAAGCGCGAGGACUGA